CACUUGUUUAUAAAUUCGGAAACUGCUGAAUAAUUUCGUACAACUCGGUGGCUGAGUGAGCCCAUCUCACCGUCCAUGUAAAUCAAGUUGAACGGUUUUGUCGAAAGCGUUUGUUUUCUCUGUAGAUUGAUUUCGGCAGAAAAUGUAUCGAUCACUGCCACGUGUCCAGAAGCCGAAGAAAACCAGUCGUAGUCGAGCAAGGUCGCUUUCUUCGAUCAGUGACUGUGGCUAGAAAUUAUCCGUGUCGUCUAGAAAUUAUAAAUUUCACUUGUUUAAAGAAACACGUGGUAGAUGAGAAGAAUCAGGAAUGUCAGAAAUGGCACCAUCAGUUUACUCUCGAAGAAGCGUGGAGAGCUAGCUUGCUUCUAAUGUGAAUGUUCUAAGGUUUGUCAUGAACAUUUUUUAGCCCCAUGCUAGCAGCCUAAUGAGACCCAGCGAUGUUGGAUGCAACACCACUACCAUCUUCAGCAUAAAAAGGUUCUAGAGUUCACGUAUACUGAUAUGAUGGAUUUUUCCUCAUAUAUGCUGACAGCACUUUCCAGCAAGCAUGGCAUAGAAGGGACAACGAGUUUGCACUCAACGUCAGUACUAGUUCGCUGAGUUUAGACCAGUUUCAGACAAAGAUGGACAGUCCGGAAGGUUGGGAUGGUGAAGAGAUCCACGAGGUGCAAGGGAUGCUGGAGUCAGGAGUCAUGAUUCCAGAAAGAGUGAUGGAGAAAAUUUUCUGCAGUAUAACAUUUCCUUACAUCUGGAAGGUACUACUGCUGUCCAGACGAUGGGCAGUGAAAUUCUCGACGGCUUUCCAGCCCUCGAAAUAUUUGCACGACUCUUUCCGAGAAGCAGUCACCUCGUCCUCGCACAGAUGGCCCUUGUACGCACCAGUUUUCGUGCACCAGAAUCGGAUUGUCGGGUACGACGCAAAAUCCAGGCAGUGGUUGACUCUGAUCGCUCACCCUUUCAUCCCUCUUCAGUUCCCCAUGAGCAGGGCCACCGAAAAUCGCCUCGUAGCUUUCGCAGGAUCUCUGAUCUGUGUGGUGCAAAAGGACAAGCUUGACUUCAAGAUUCUCGUGGGAAAUGUGAUGAAUGGCAGCUGGAAGCUUUUGACGACACCGACCGUCCUCGAGCCAUCAAAGAGAGGACAUGGACUGAAUGUUCCCGUCGUACGAUUCCACGCCGUCGGCUCCGAUGGAUACAAGAUCUCCAUCCUCAACCCCGGCCUGGAGACGUCGGAGGCUUAUCUGUGGGACUCCAAGACGCCGGUGUGGCACAAAACAUUCAAAAACUUCAGACGCCAUGGAUUCUUCUCCCGUCACAGCGUCUUCUUCUCCGGAUACACAUACUACGUAAUGUUCAGUAAGGAAUCCAGUGUCGUGAAGCUGAUCAAGUGCAAGACGGAGGACGAGAACUGGUCGAGUCUCGUAACACUAUCGAUCGAGGCAGAUGAGACCCUCGUCGUGGAUGGGAUGACUGUAUGCGGGCGGUGCAAGCUGCUGGAAGCCGGCGUAUUUCUGUGUGGAAUUCAUAUCAUGUUGGUGGCCAUGGUGGAGAUAGAUGUCGUGGGCAUCCUCUCGGCGACUAACGAUGAUACGUACAAGCCUCCGAGCAAGGUCCUCCAAGUUCGAGUGUACAGGCUGAAGCAGACCCAGACCGCAGCGACCCUUGUGACACCGAGCAAGAGCCCCCCGGGCAUGUUCGUUCGAGGGAUGAGGACGACGUUCAUUACAGAUGGAGAGAGUAUUUACGUGUCUCAGUUCUCGAUCUCGAGUGCUACUCUCAAGUGGUCUGAGCCACGCACCAUUCACAAGUUCGAUGUGUAUCAACGGACUUGGACCAGGAUUGCCUCCCCGCCUCGUGUACCCAGUUUUCCCGAAGUACUAGAACUGACUCCGGCACUCUCAGCAUUCGAGCCCGGUCUGAAUCCCUUCACUAUUGCUUGAGAGUGUCAGCUCGUUUUGCCAUUGCUAGUCAGUGUACAUGUUUCUGCUGUAUCCGGAGCUCCGCAGCACAGAAUAUUAUGAAUCGAUUUUUUAACGAUUUCUCUGAAUAGGAGAAUCAGUCUCCAGUCACAACGAAGAUUGAUGGUUGUGAAUGGAAGCUGCAUUAUUUGGUUGUUUCCAUAUGGAGACUGUCAAAGUCAUAUGAGUAACGAUCAAACAGAUCUUGCGUUGUUCUACUGGUAGAUUACUCGGUGACGGACCUAUCAAUGUUGUUGCUAAGGUUAAACUUCCCUUUCAUGCGUUAACCAUUGAACACCAUGGUUAGUACACCAUUGAACCAUCGUCAAUUGACUGAUGAAUAAUGGUUCAUAGCGUUUUUGUUUGAUGUUAGAUAUGGUCUUC